AAAACAGAAAACCCUAGCUAGCUCAGCAACCACAGAUAAAAAAGAGCACCGAUUCGAUUCAGAAACGAAUACAAAAACCCAUUUGGGGGAUUCAUCAAUCACGGAUCUAACAUCUUCUACUCGAAAUUAACCCUAAUUUUUUCUUCGAAAUUUUUUUUUUCUGGGUUCUUGAAAUCGGAUUACGAUUACACUAAAGCUGCGUCUCACGGCGGCGAUGGUUUUCUGGGGAUCGAAAUCUGAUGAGAAAUCAAAGAAGGGUAUUAAAAAGAUUUGAUUUUUAAUCUUUCUUUUUGGGGAUUUUUGAUUUUGGAAUUUGGGGGUUUUUUGUGAAAAAUGUUAAAGCUGGUUUAUAAAGGAGAAGAGUUACUUGGGGAGGUAGAGGUAUACCCAGAAGAGUUGAACAACAAGAAAAUCUGGGAUGAGUUGAAGGAAAUCAGAAUAAGCCAUUUUUCUCAAUCCAGUGAGAGAUGUCCACCUGUGGCUGUGCUUCACACCAUUAGCUCUAAUGGGGUUUGCUUCAAAAUGGAGUCCAAGUCUUCUUCUUCUUCUUCUCAGGACACAUCGCGGCUCUUUCUUUUGCACUCCUCAUGUAUCAUGGAGAACAAGACUGCAGUUAUGAACCUAGGGGUGGAGGAGCUGCAUUUGGUUGCCAUGUAUUCGAGAAAUAAUCAAAAACAGCAUCCAUGUUUUUGGGGAUUCAGUGUAUCCUCCGGAUUAUACAGUUCUUGCCUUGGCAUGCUGAACCUAAGAUGUCUUGGCAUUGUAUUUGAUCUUGAUGAAACACUUAUUGUUGCAAAUACAAUGCGAUCAUUCGAGGAUCGAAUUGAGGGCCUACAGAGGAAAAUACAAUGCGAGGUGGACGCACAAAGGAUUUCUGGUAUGCAGGCAGAGAUCAAGCGAUACCAAGAUGACAAGUUUAUACUGAAGCAAUAUGCUGAAAAUGAUCAAGUUGUUGAAAAUGGGAGGGUGAUCAAAACUCAGUCUGAGGUUGUUCCAGCCUUGUCUGACAGCCAUCAACCUAUCAUCCGGCCACUUAUACGUUUACAGGAGAAAAAUAUUAUCUUGACUCGCAUUAAUCCACAGAUUCGCGAUACAAGCGUUCUUGUGAGGUUGAGACCUGCAUGGGAGGAUCUCAGGAGCUACUUGACUGCAAGAGGGCGCAAGCGUUUUGAAGUUUAUGUUUGCACAAUGGCUGAAAGGGAUUAUGCUUUAGAAAUGUGGAGGCUUCUUGAUCCAGAAUCAAAUUUGAUAAACGCAAAUAAAUUACUGGACCGCAUCGUAUGUGUCAAGUCUGGUUUAAAGAAGUCGUUGUUCAAUGUCUUCCAAGAAAGCUUGUGCCAUCCUAAGAUGGCAUUGGUGAUUGAUGAUCGCUUGAAGGUGUGGGAUGACAGAGAUCAACCUCGAGUGCAUGUUGUUCCUGCAUUUGCGCCUUAUUACGCUCCUCAAGCUGAAGCAAAUAAUGCUGUCCCUGUCUUGUGUGUUGCAAGAAAUGUUGCCUGCAGCGUCAGAGGUGGCUUUUUUAGAGAAUUUGACGACAGUCUACUGCAAAAGAUUCCUGAAAUUUUUUACGAAGAUAAUAUUAAAGAUUUCUCUUCUCCUGAUGUGAGCAAUUUUCUAGUUUCAGAGGAUGAUGCUUCUGCUUCAAAUGGAAAUAGAGAUCAGCUUCCUUUUGAUGGCAUGGCAGAUGCUGAAGUUGAGAGACGGCUAAAGGAAGCAACCUCAGCUGCUCCAACAGUCUCAUCAGCAGUCAGUAACAACGACCCUAGGCUUGCUUCUCUUCAGUACACAGUGCCUCUUUCCAGCACAGUUUCACUACCAACAAAUCAACCGUCAAUGAUGCCUUUUCAUAAUGUGCAGUUCCCUCAGUCAGCUUCUCUAGUUAAACCUUUGGGUCAUGUUGGACCUGCAGAUUUAGGCUUGCAUAGUUCUCCUGCUAGAGAGGAAGGGGAGGUGCCUGAAUCUGAAUUAGAUCCUGAUACAAGGCGGAGGCUACUGAUUUUGCAGCAUGGCCAGGAUACAAGAGAGUCUGUACCUAGCGAACCUUCAUUUCCUGUAAGACCCCAAGUACAAGUCUCUGUUCCACGGGUGCAAUCACGUGGAGGCUGGUUUCCAGUGGAAGAAGAGAUGAGCCCACGAAAACUAAGCCGGAUGGUACCCAAAGAACCUCCUUUAAAUUCAGAACCCAUGCAGAUCGAGAAGCAUCGAUCUCAUCAUUCAGCUUUUUUCCCAAAAGUUGAGAAUUCUAUGCCAUCUGAUAGAAUUCUUCAAGAAAAUCAGAGAUUGCCGAAAGAGGCAUUUCAUAGAGAUAAUCGGUUGAGAUUCAACCAAGCAAUGUCUGGUUACCAUUCAUUCUCAGGUGAGGAACCUCCCUUAAAUCGAUCAUCUUCCAGCAACAGAGAUUUUGACUAUGAAUCUGGACGAGCUAUAUCAAAUGCGGAAACUCCUGCUGGUGUUUUACAGGAAAUUGCAAUGAAGUGUGGAACAAAGGUGGAGUUCAGACCAGCUUUGGUUCCCAGCACGGAACUGCAGUUUUAUGUUGAGGCAUGGUUCGCAGGAGAAAAAAUUGGUGAAGGAACUGGUAGAACAAGAAGGGAAGCUCAUUUCCAGGCUGCGGAGGGUUCUCUAAAGAAUUUAGCUAAUAUAUACAUUUCCCGUGGCAAGCCUGAUGCUCUGCCCAUUCAUGGGGAUGCGAGCAAGUUUUCUAAUGUUACGAACAAUGGUUUUAUGGGUAAUAUGAAUUCUUUUGGGACUCAGCCAUUGCCGAAAGAGGACUCUCUCUCGUCUUCAACUUCAUCAGAGCCAUCUAGGCCUCUAGACCCUAGGCUGGAUAACUCUAGAAAGUCCGUGAGUUCAGUGUCUGCACUCAAGGAACUGUGUACAAUGGAGGGUCUUAGUGUACUUUAUCAACCACGGCCCCCACCACCUAAUUCAACGGAGAAAGAUGAAGUGCAUGUACAGGCUGAAAUUGAUGGAGAGGUCUUGGGGAAGGGGAUUGGCUUAACUUGGGAUGAGGCUAAGAUGCAGGCUGCUGAGAAGGCUCUCGGAAAUCUAAGAUCAACACUAUAUGGUCAGAAACGUCAAGGUUCUCCAAGGCCUUUGCAAGGGAUGCCAAGUAAACGCCUGAAGCAGGAAUUUCCACAAGUUCUGCAGCGAAUGCCCUCUUCUACUAGAUAUUCAAAAAAUGCUCCUCCUGUUCCUUGAGGGUCCUGCCACUUUUUCAUUCCAUUUUUGGUAUAGCUACUGACGCAACAUGCCGGUACAUAUUAUAGAGAAGGGCGAUGGCCGUGGAGUUUUAGAACUGCCACUUGGCCGUAACCUUGGUGUUGUCUUGCAACAUGUUGGCCAUGCCGACGAGAAAAGCUUCAUUUCAGAGUCUUCUUGAAAGUAGGGGAGGCGCUUGCUUGCCAGGUGAUUUUGGUUUUGAGACAUUGUGUACCCCGGUCAUUGAUCCAACAGAGUUUUCCCCUUGCUUAAAGGCCUCGUCUGGCACGUUUGUUAGAAGUCGAUGCCAUGUAACUUCACUUUUUUGUGUGGUUAAUGCAUUUUUCCAAGAUCAUUGAAAGAGUUUAUUUGGGUCGGAUUUGUAAACCAAACAUCGCUUCCAGGGCAGCUUUUGGCAUGCUCAGAGUCACGGCGCUCUAACUAUUGACAUCUAGUUACUGCUUUCAGUGUCCACAUCUGAGGAUUGGGAAUACAAGGAUAGGUGAUUUAAUUUUACCUGAGGUGGAACUGCUUAGUGUCUUAGGGAUGUAAAUGCAGCUCUUGUAAUACCUUUUUUACUUGCUUAA